AUGGCCGACGUCCAGAAUGGACGGUGCUUUGCAAAGACUGCCCUAGCCGCCGAACCGCCUUUGAUCCAAAACGGGAGUGUGAUACUGCAAGCACACCACAUUGGAUGGAUCAUCUCCGGAUCCUUCACCUUCGUAGCUAUCGUCGUGUCCUUUUGGCUCAUUGACAGGCACUUGGUAUGGUACACAAAUAAGCGCGAGCAGCGGUACAUCGUCCGGAUUCUGUUCAUGGUCCCUAUUUAUGCCGUAGUAAGCUUUGCCUCCUACUUAUACUGGAACCACUCCACCGCCCUCCUUCUCAUCCGCGACUGCUACGAGUCGACAGUGCUCACCGCAUUCUUCUAUCUCCUCCUGACGUACCUCUCUCCUCAUGUACCCGAACAGAAGGAGAUCUUUCGCAGGGUGGGUCUUUCCUGUCAGAAUGAUCGGGAAGCAUGCAGGAGGGGAACGAAGCCAAGAAAAUGGGUCUUCCCGCUUUCCUUCGUCCGCUGGAAGCCAGAGGACGGCCUGUAUUUCUUCCAACUCAUGAAAUGGGGUGUCCUCCAAUAUUGUGUGAUCAGACCAGUGACGACUCUUGUUGCGGUGGUGCUCAAUUAUGUGGGCUUGUACUGUGGUGACUCGUGGAGUCCCGGCUGGGGACACAUAUAUAUCACUGUAGUCGUGUCAAUCUCCGUAUCUGUGGCCAUGUAUUGUUUGAUUCAGCUUUACCUCCCGAUCUCGGAGUACUUGGCGCCUCACAAGCCGCUCUUGAAGCUGUUCGCGAUCAAGGCAGUCGUCUUCCUUACCUUCUGGCAAGAGACGUUUAUCUCCAGCCUCGAGGUGUUUGGCGUCAUCAAAGACACACAAUACAUGACCGCCGACAACAUCGCCACCGGCGUUGGCGCAGUCACGGAGACAUUCGAGAUGAUGCUCUUCGCGUUCCUCCACAUCCGCGCCUUCACCUACAAGCCCUACCGCACCGCACCCGAGCGUACUCCACGCUGGCGCUCGCUCGUGCAGGUGCUCAACUUCAAGGAGACGUUGCGGGAGCUCUGGGCGGGUGCCGUGUACAUGGCCCACCGGUUUCGCGGGCACGAGACGGAUGUGCAGGCGCGGCGGGAGGCCGUCCUCGAAGGCGUCUUCGGGAAGUCGCGUUAUGACAUCCGUCGCGCCGACCAGGCGGGGAAGAAUCCCAUCGUCGUCGCGAUGGAGGAGACCGUGCACGUCGAUGCGGAGUGGCAGUGGCUCCAUGCUGCGGACGGGCAGACCCCUCCGUGGGAGGCCCGAGACAGGUGGCACAGAGAAAAGAGCGACCCCCUUGCUGAGCAGAUAAAGAAGGGACUGUCGAAGACGGGAUACAGUAAGGCGGAUCGCAUGAACGCUCCGAGAUAUGAUCGCCUCGGAGAAGUCGAGGAGAGCGGAGCCCCUGCCGCCGGCCAUUGGCGCCGAGAGUAUUCAUGGUGGCGAGACAUAUAUGCGCGAAUAUCGGGGUCUGAGAUGCACUGGGAGCUCGAACAGGAGCAGACGUACAAUCGCGCCUCUGAGCCUCGAGGUCGCGAAGACCCAACUGGCCAAGAUCAGACGAGGUUAUUGCAACACAACGUUGGGGAGCAUGACUACGAGGAUCAACCGCCACCAUCCGUGAUACGGACGUAUAGGGAUAGUCAGAAGAAGAAGGGUCUUCGAGACAAGGAUGUUCCACUUGCGCCGCAGGAGCCCGAAGCACUGUUGUCUGCAUUCGUCUCCCCCGAGCGUGAUCCGCCACCACAUCCGCCUGCUGACCGGCAGGCGACACUGACAUCGCUGCAGAACCGCUCGAGCGUUGUGUCUAGUAACGUCCCGUCGUCCCCGGCGCUCACGGAUAGCAACCAGUCGGACAGCUUCUUGGGACGGGCGUUUCCGGACGUGGCGUACUCGUCGACGUCCGCGGAGGUGGUGAGCGUCGGACGGACGUCGUCAGAAUCGCACCGGACGCGGGUGCGGCUGCCCGGGGAGCCGGAAGUGGUCCCGGAGAGCGUGCAGCAACUGAAGACGCCGGUGUUUGUGCAGUCGCCCCAUCGCGUUCGUCCCGAGGUCGGGACAUAUCCAGCAGCACUGCCGAUCCCUUCACCAGCAUCGACGGAUCCGAGUGUACGACCAGGUGUGCCAUUGGCCCGACCCGCGCAGUCCAAGUCCUCCGGCAGAGGCAGUGCUACCAUGCGUGCUCCCGUACUAAGUGACCGCAGAUAUUCGUACGGCGGCAGACGCAGCACCCCGUUUAUUGCGAACCGCUACACGCCAAGUAGGGAUAGGAUUGUUCUGCCCGCACGCCUUGCCCCUAUCACCGAUCGUGAGGAAGCGACUGCUCUUUCUCAAGUUGAGCCAGCGUCGUCGGCUGUCCAACUGGCUCCGACACCUUCGUCUUAUUCACCGCUAGUGCGUCCUCUACAGGUGCGUGGAUCCAUGACCGCGUCCGAGGACCCGCCAGUUGGUUCGCGAGGGCUCCGAAGGUCGACAUACAACGUGAGGCGACAGAGCUACGCGCCUAACAGUGCAUCGCCUUGCCGGAUCCAUCGGGACGGUAGCAGACGAUGA